AUGCAAACGAAAAUGGCAGAGAAGUGUCCGCGCGCAUACAUGGAAAUGCCCAUCUCAGAUAUUACUCCACAUCCUGAGUACUCUAGGUUCGGUGUCGGGAACAGCUUAGCUCUUGUUAAGUUACUGCGUCCCUUGAAGUCUCAGUACAUGGUACCAAUUUGCCUACCGUCUCUCGAAGAAAGGACAAGAAAAAAACGAAAUAAAGCAGUAUUUAUGAUCGACUACAUAAGCACCGUUCCAAGAGAUUUUGAUACAGAAAGAAUGGGAAAGAAAACUUUGAAAAUGUAUACUCAUAAAGAAUGUCGUAGGCAUCGGAGUAAGUCGAGGCUUGGCAGUGAGGGAGUCACGCACGUUCUGUGUAGCUCUGGCUGUGGCGUAAGACCUGGUGCUCCCAUCGUGAGUCAAAAUGUGGACGGUGGCUUCGAACUAAUCGGUGUCGCUGCUGGCGGUGCGCCCUGCACGAGAAGGUCUAUGCGCAGGAAGCUAAUUAGUGAGCCCCCGCUGUACAUAGAUGUUUAUCCAUAUAAUAACUGGAUUGUAAAUGUCGUCACCGCCAACAAGCUUCCGAAACCAUAUUCGCAGAAUUUCAUGUUGGUCGAAGGAGGUUCAAGUAUGGGAAUCCACAGUGGUUAUCUCAGAAAGAGAAGAAAAAUGAAAGCAGGCUGGAAAUCUCGAACUUAUGUAGUUGGAGACUACUGCUUCAAAACUGUAAAAAGACAACAAAGAUCAACAUCUUUCUUUUAUUCAGAAAACUUUGAAGUUAAAGCGGAUCCGCCGGCUAAGCUCAACGUUAUUUUAAAAUUAUCUGCAGGAAUAGACUGCACUAUAGUUUGUGCCAAACUCAAAUUGCCUAAUCGUCUGAUAGUGCCAGAAAUUAAAGGCGUCGGAGGAUACAAUAUAACAGUUACAUUCAAGACAGACUGGUUUCCGUACAUAUUUUACUUUAAUUUGGGUCUUAAUGGAAAGAAUACUACCGCAGCAGACUUUGCAACUUGGAUACCGGAACGGAAGCCAGGUUUUUGGUGA